CUCCGGUUUGCCCGAGGAAUGGGGGAAGAAGGAACCAGGAGAAGUCGCGGGGGAAUCAGCAGCAGGAACUUCUCCUCGGUUCUCCUGCUCCUCCUGCUCUUUCUGCUCCACGCAGAUGGAAUCCUGAACCGAGAUCUGCUCCGUUAUCAGACCUCGAACCUGAGGAGCUAUCAGAUCGUCAGACCUCAGCUCGUCCACAGACGGUGGCAGAGAGACGACGAGGCCACGCAGACGCACAGACAGAGUUCAGAUCCAGACUCUCUGAUCUACUCCAUUGAGAUCGAGAAGACGUUUCAUCUCCUUCAGCUGACCAGGAACAGACAUUUUUUAUCUCCUGAUUUCACUGUGGUGUCUCAUGAUGUGAAGCGUGACUCCAUAAAACAUCACCCAGAGAAACCUGCUCUGUGUCAUUACUCGGGCCACGUCUCGGGUCAGGAGGAGUCUCUGGUGGCUCUGAGCUCCUGUAAUGGUCUCAGGGGUGUGAUCUUCAUCAGGAACGAGAGUUACGCCCUGGAACCCGCUUUGAACGCCUCGGACAACGAGCACAUCCUGUUUCCUCUGGAGGACGUUCAGGCCCAGCCGUUUGUGUGCGGAGUGGAGGAGCAUGGGUUUUCAGAUCGCACCUUGUCAAUGCAUGCGUUUUUACGGAAAAAGCGCGCCCUGCCUCAGACCCGGUACGUGGAGCUGGUGCUGGUGGUGGACAACUUGAGGUUUAAUAUUAAGAAAAAAAACGUGACGGCCGUGAGGGAGGAAAUGGUGCAGCUUGCCAAUUUAUUGGACACGUACUACAAGCCGCUGAAUAUCCGCAUCGUGCUGAUGGGGCUGGAGGUUUUUGAGACUGGCAACCCGUUCAACGUGACUGGAGAGGCCAGGGAUGUUCUAAGUAAUUUUGUGAAUUGGAGGAAGAACAAUCUGACGUCACGUAUCAGAAACGACAUGGCCCAGUUAGUCGUGGGUCUGACGGGAGCCUACAGCGGAGGGAUUUUGGGCAUGGCGUAUGUCGGGUCCGUUUGCUCAGCGAGCAGCGCCGGUGGAAUCAGCGUGUUUAGCGACAGUGCGCUGCAGUAUUACUCCACAGUGCUGGCUCACGAGAUGGGACACAACCUGGGCAUGAACCACGAUGACACACGCUGCCAGUGUGCAGGAGGCACCUGCAUCAUGCACUCCACUGCCACGGGGUCGACGUUGUUCAGCACGUGUAGCGAUGAUGACUUCGAGAGCCUGGUGAUGCGAGGAGCAGGCUUGUGUUUGCUGAACGUCCCGCCUCAGGACAGCAUCAUCUCCGUGCCGGUGUGCGGAAACGGGGUCCUGGAGGCGGCGGAGCAAUGCGACUGCGGAUCGCCAGCGAACUGCACAAAUAAAUGCUGUAACGCUGCUACCUGCACUUUCACGAAGGGUUCGGUUUGUGCUGCUGGACUCUGCUGUACUGCUGACUGUCAGCUGGUGGUAUCUGGUACGCCCUGCAGAAAUUCGGUGAACCAGUGCGACCUGCCCGAGUUCUGCACCGGCCAAUCGUCUUUCUGCCCCUCAGACUUCUACAUGAUGGACGGUCUGACGUGUGAGGGUGGUACCGCCUACUGCUACGAGGGUCGCUGCCAGACGCUGGACUACCAGUGCAAGCAGCUCUUCGGCCAACAAGCGACAAAAGCUGAUGAUAAAUGCUUCAGCUACAUCAACACUCAGGGCACCAAGUUCGGAAACUGCGGCUACUCGGGAUCCUCCCUCGUCCCGUGUUCUGUGGCUAACUCAAUGUGUGGGAAGAUCCAGUGCACAAACUUUGACUCUAACUACCCCCCAGCCGGGGCAGUCAUCAGCGUUCAGAACAUAGCGGCAGGGAUCUCCUGCAGGAACGCCGACUUCAACCUGGGAUCCGACGUCCUCGACCCGGGAUACGUCAAAACGGGGACGGUGUGCGCUGCGGGCAAGAUCUGCAUGAACUUCGGUUGUGUGAAUUCAUCAUUGCUGACAAGUGGGCAGAUGUGUGACUCUGUGAAGGACUGCCAUGGAAACGGGGUGUGUAACGAUAAAGCAAACUGUCACUGCAAUAACGGCUGGGCUCCUCCUUACUGUGACAAAUCGGGCAGAGGAGGCAGCGUGGACAGCGGACCUGCUGAAAUAGAUUACUCGCUGAGGAACGGCCUGCUGAUCUUCUUCCUGUUGGUGCUGCCCCUUCUACUGCUGCUGGUGUUUGUGCUUCUGUACAUAUUCAGACGAGAUUCUCUGAACAGGUGCUUCAGGAAACGACGGUCCAAACAGCACAGAACAAAUCAAGCGAAUGUUCAGAGGAACCAGCCAGCAUCACGACCAGCACCGGGACCAACACCAGCAGGUCCUCCAGCAGGUCCUCCAGCACGUCCUCCAGCUCCCAUUCAGACUCCUUCUACAUAUCCACAGUAUCCAUCUUCUCCUUCUGGAGCUCAGACAAGCUCGAACAGUCCAGGUGAUGGUGAUGUGCAGCCUGCAGUCUGGACGACUCCAUCUCCUAGAAAUGGACCUGGAGCUCCCAGACCCAUCCCACCGAGGAGAAUUGUCACCUGAGCAGAUCCACAUAAAGAUGAUGUUCACGAUCACAGUGAAGAACUUCGAUGUGCUGCGUGACAUCAUUCAGCCAUAAACUGCUCUUUUUAUGGUUUUAUUUGCUGAAGGUUGUUGUCUGGGUUCCUUCAUUACCUUUGUUGGUUUUACACACACACACACACACACACACACACACACACACAAUGUCCACACGAUUAAGCUAAUAAAUUCUAAUAAAAAUUA